AUGAAAUCGGGAAAGAGCGAGUACGAAACGGAGGCAGAGGUAAACGUCAGAAGUUAUCUGAUCUCAAACCCAAAUUAUGUAAAUACAGACAUGACUACUUUGUGGUAGUAUGUAGAAGAUGAAAUGCCCUACGCGAUACGAGCAGACAUGUAUCUAGAACGCGAAACAAUGGGCGUUAUGUGUUGAUGUAAGGAGGCGAGAGUCACAGGUUUUGUUCAACAUUCCUCCCCGGCCGACCGACGCGUUGGGGGAAGCAGAUCAAGUGAGUAAUGCGUUCACUUUUCCAGCGAGAAGAUGGAUGAAAAAUCCAACUACAGCCGGAUCCUCAUCGCACUGGUGAUGAUGUUGUUAUUCGGCGUUAUUGUGCUGCAAUAUGUUUGCCCUACGUCCGAUUGCCAGUUGCUACACCUGGCAUCAUUGUCCACCAGAAUGGGGAGUCGAGCGCCCGGGGAACACACAGGCGGAACCAACGGAGCCAGUGCGGGAGACCCGUAUAGCUCAGAGGACGGUGCGUUGGCUCGAUUCGUCCCGCGCUUUAAUUUCACCACCAGAGACCUUUAUCGCGUUGUAGAGUUCAACAUCAAGGGGAAAGAUGUUAUAGUGUUUCUUCAUAUUCAGAAGACCGGGGGGACCACUUUCGGCCGUCACCUCGUUCGCAACAUUCAGCUAGAGAGGCCGUGUGAGUGCCAUGCGGGCCAGAAGAAGUGUACCUGCUACCGGCCAGGUAAACGAGACACCUGGCUGUUCUCCCGCUUCUCCACCGGCUGGAGUUGUGGUCUGCACGCGGACUGGACGGAGCUCACCAACUGCGUGCCUUCCUUCAUGAACACCCGGGAGUCUCAGGAGAGGCGCAAAACUCCCAGCAGGAACUACUACUACAUUACGAUCUUGAGGGAUCCAGUGUGGCGGUACCUGAGUGAAUGGAGGCACGUUCAGCGUGGUGCCACCUGGAAGGCCUCUAAACACAUUUGUGAUGGGCGUUUACCUACUCUGACCGAGCUGCCCAGCUGUUACUCCAGCGAUGACUGGUCAGGCUGCUCUUUGGAGGAGUUCAUGGCAUGUCCUUAUAACCUGGCCAACAACAGACAGACCCGUAUGCUGGCAGACCUCAGCCUGGUGGGCUGCUAUAACCUCUCAGUCAUGAGUGAGAGCCAGCGUUGGGCUGUGCUACUAGAAAGUGCCAAGCGCAACUUGCGCAACAUGGCCUUUUUUGGCCUGACCGAAUAUCAGCGGAAGACGCAAUAUCUCUUUGAACACACAUUCCACUUGUCCUUCAUUGCACCGUUUACGCAGCUCAAUGGCACUCGGGCUGCAAGUGUCGAAGUGGAACUGGAGACCCAGCGGAAGAUUCGGGAGCUGAACCAGUGGGACGUGAAGCUGUACGAGUAUGCGCGGGACCUCUUCCUCCAGCGUUUCCAGUACGCGAGACAGCAGGAGCGCAGGGAAGCUCGUCAGCGACGUCUGCAGGAGAGGCGCAAGCUACGUGCCAAAGUGAAGCCUUGGUGGGGGGUAACUGGAAAAGUUGUUUUUAAACCCACCAAAGGGCCACAGCUGAUUGUUCAAUCUCCUGUUUUGAGUUUCUCAGAAGAAAAACAAAUGAACAUGGAAAAAAAGCUAGAGACUGAGACAGAAGGCCAGGUAGAGGACAACUGGUUAGAGGAGGAUGACAAUAAAGCCAUUUUCGACUAUUUAGAAAAUGUGGAACAGUGGAGGUAGCCAAUAGCUAUUUGGGAAGACGGUUGUUAUUAAUGAACUCUAGAAAAUGGUGAUUUCGUUUUAUUGCAAUGGGGUUCUCCAUAAUCCUUAAAGCCCAAAUUACCCCUAAUAUGUGAAAUAUUAGCACAGACGGGUUAUUUGUUGUUGCUCUUUUUGUGUUUUAUAGACGCAAGCAUUGUGUGGAAUUCAGAGUAAAAUUCCAAUAUAUUUAUUCUUAAAAUAUAAUUUCACUGUCUUGCCGCCUGACCUGUCUUGUGCCCUGUGACCUGAAAAUAUGCUAAAAUCCACCCGCCUAUCACCACUGUGCCACUGAGGAGGGUGUUUAACUCCAGUUUGCACCUGGGAGAUCAUCCCUGCAAUUAAUGUACUGUAAGACACUAAUGAAUGAAAAUCUAAUCAUGCUAAUCGUGAAAGCCAAAUGUUGGAAUGUUUCAAACAUGCCAUUUCCCGAUCCUGCUGUUCAGAGGGAGAUGCUGGUGGCAGCACAGUUGUAUUUACAUUACAUAAUGUAAGAAAAGAAUUCAAAAUAUUGCCUAAUAUUUUAUUUUUUUGCGUUGGCCCUUUAAGUGUCCUCUACUGUCACAAUUCCAUACACAUUACAAAUCAGCCUUAUGGUUAAAGGGAUAGUUCAGCCAAAAUAAUUUACUCACCCUCAUGCGGUCCCAGAUGUGUAUGACUUUCUUCUGCUGAAGCUUUUUAGAAGAAUAUAUUAGCGCUGUAGGUCCAUACAA